CUGGGAUUACAGGCGUGAGCCACUGCACCCGGCCCUUCUUUUUUUUUUUAAUGGAGUCUGGCUCUGUUGCCCAGGCUGGAGUGCAGUGAUACGUUCUUGGCUCACUGCAACAUUGACCUCCUGGGUCCAAGCAAUUCUCAUGCCUCAGCUGCCUGAGAAACUGGGAUUACAGGUUAUGCUAUCACACCGGAUAUUAUGUUUUUAUAAUUUUGUGUGUUUAGUGUAGACAGGGGUUUCACCUUGUUGGCCAGGCUGGUCUCGAACUCCUGACCUCAGGUGAUCCACCUGCCUCAGCCUCCCAAAGUGCUGGGAAUGCAGGGGUGGGCCACCGUGCCCAGCCCCCACCGCAUUCCUCAGUCCUGCAGUUUGUGCUGCUCUGUGCUGCCUAUCUGCGUGUGCUAACACAGGAGGGAGAGUUCCUGUGCCCGUUCCCAGGCUCCUCCUCGCAGCCGCAGACAUCUCCCCUGUGCACGCUUCCAGCUUCCCUAUCUUACUGUGCCUAAAGAAAGGGAAAGGAAUGUGCUUAUUAAGGCCCACUGGUUUUUUCUGGUGCGGGGAGGACUGAGUCUUGCUCCGUCCCCCAGGCUGGAGGGCAGUGGCGCAAUCUCAGUUCACUGUAACCUCCACCUCCUGGGCGAUUCUCCUGCCUCAGUUUCCUGAGUAGCUGGAACUACAGGUGCCUGCCAUCACGCCCGGCUAAUUUUUGUGUUUUUAGUAAAGACAGGAUUUCACCUGUUGUCUAGACUGGUCUGGAACUCCUGACCUCAGGUGAUCUGGCCGUCUCAGCCUCCCAAAGUGCUGGGAUUACAGGCAGGAGCCACCGAGCUCGGCCAAGGCCACUGUUUUUAUCGGGGCCCACCGUAUGUGUGUGGUUUGGUGAUUACCCAGGAAACUCCCCCUCUGCCCAGGUUGCUUAUCUGUGUUUUACAGGCUGACCUUUCAGGCUGCUCUUUGUUAGGAGAGGUGAUUUCUUUGAACUGUGGUGUGGUUAGAAAGGGAGCAAUUUCUUUGUUUCUUUUCUUUUUUUUUUUUGAGAUAGAGUUUCACUCUUGUUACCCAGACUGGAAUGCAAUGGCACGAUCUCGGCUCCCCGCAACCUCCGCCUCCUGGGUUCAAGCAGUUCUGCCUCAGCCUCCUGAGUAGCUGGGAUUACAGGCACGUGUCAUCAUGCCCAGCUAAUUUUUGUAUUUUUAGUAGAGACAGGGUUUCACCUUGUUGACCAGGAUGGUCUCGAUCUCUUGACCUUGUGAUCCACCCGCCUCGGCCUCCCAAAGUGCUGGGAUUACAGGCGUGAGCCACUGCGCCGGGCUGAAAGGAAGCAAUUUCUAAGCUCCUUUUUGUUAGAAUGCUUUUUCCCAGGGACUGUCUUCACCCUAUCUACCUAAAUGAUUUCCCUCUAUUAUAUCAAUUGGGUAUUGAUUUGAAGUAGAAUGAGUGAAUGUAUUUAUUCAUCUAAGCUGUAUUUACUGCAUUCUUUCUUUUUUUUUUUGAGAUGGAGUCUUGCUGUCACCAGGCUGGAGUGAAGCGGCCCGAUCUCGGCUCACUGCAACCUUCGUCUCCCAGCGACUCCCCUGCCUCAGCCUCCUGCGUCUACAGUGCACGGCACCAUGCCUGGCUAACUUUUUGUGUUUUAGUAGAGACAGGGUUUCACCAUGGCCAGGAUGGUCUCAAUCUCCUGACCUCAUGAUCCGCCCACCCCAGCCUCACAAAGUUCCGGCAUAAACCACCCGGCCCAGCCUCUGUCACUGUUUGGGUAGCAGAUUAUCUCCUUCCACCCUGUGUCGUCUCUGGCUGGGCUGCUGUGGGCGAACCCUAGAUGCAGGGGACGGCCUGUGUGUGGCCACGUGUGUCUCUACCCUGGACAGCACUGUGCUGAGGGGCCUAAGUGGGAAGUGCCCUCAAGAGAUUUCUGCUGUGUGUGUGUGUGUGUGUGUGUGCGCGCCCGCACGUUGUGGGCAGUUUGGAAUCCUCACAUUUUUGUUUUUUUUUUGAGAUGGAGUCUCACUGUCAGCCAGGCUGGAGUGCAGUGGCUCAAUCUCAGCUCACUUCAACCUCUGCCUCCCAGAUUCAAGCGAUUCUCCUGCCUCAGCCUCCGGAAUAGCUGGAAUUCAAGCGCCCGCCACCACACAUGGCUAAUUUUUGUAUUUUCAGUAGUGACGGGGUUUCACCACGUUGGCCAGGCUGGUUUCAUUAUACUCCUGACCUCAGGUGAUCCGCCCGCCUCGGCCUCCCAAAGUGCUGAGAUUAUAGGCCUGAACCAUCGCCCCCGGCCCAGCCCGGGAUCCUCUCACUUUUUUGCAGAGAUUGAGUGGUCACUGGCGGGGCGUCUGGCGGAACUCUGAGAUCCUGGAAAUUCUCUGUGCCGUGCAAAAGGGAUGCCACUAGCCACAUGCCACGUAGAACGCUUGAAGUGUGGCCGGCGUCGAUGAGAUUUCUUAUUCUUGCCAGUGUCUGAUGAACCUGAGUUUAAGCACCUGGAGGCGAGCGGCUUCCUCGUGGGACACGCUUGGAGGAAGCUGGAAAGUGCUCCCCUGCGUUUCGGAUUCCGGCCCAGCAGAGGGCGCCGGAGAGCGGGCGGGGCCGUGGGAAGCCGCUGGGAUCCCGGGCGCGCUCGAGCUCCUCGUGGGCAGAGCACGGACUGUCCUCUCCACGCUCUUCCUGCAGCGCCCUGGCUCACCCGGCCCCCGCGGGGUGGCGCGUCCUCCCCGUUUAGACACCUGCAGUCACUGUCGCAGCUGAGCUGCAUCCCCCUGAAAGCCGUCUGUUGAAGCCCAGCCCCCCGAACCCCAGAAUUCAGAUGGGGUCUCUAGGACACAGGGAUUUGCAGUGACCUUCACCUGUGGUCCCACCCCUAGACAGUCGUGAGCACGAGCCCACCCUCCCCUGCCCAGCCAGAGCAUGAAUAGAAUCUCAGCAUGAGGCAGUUAUCACCUGCUCUGGACGAUGUAACCUCACAGCCACAGGCUGCCAUGUCCUCUCUUUGGCUCAGUUCUCUCCACCCUCCUGUUUACUUUGACUCUCUCUGAAGCUCCACCCACCUAGCUCCACUCUUAGUGAGACCUGCUCUUAGUGAGCCGCGGAGGGCUGCUCUUCACUCAGCACCGGUAACUGCACUUUCCUUCCCCGGCUAAUGUAAAGGGCCAUUACCCCCAGUAUCAGGACGCUUGGCGGUGACACCUCGAAGCCAUUACCCCCAGUAUCAGGACUCUUGGCUGUCAGACCUGCAAGCUUUAUUGAAAAAUGCUCCAGGACAGUGUCGAGAUGAGCGAAUACUUCUUAUUUGAGGGACUCCGGAUGCCUCCCAUCUUGACCAAUGUGGAGACGUUGUGCUUUGCCAGGGAGGAAUUUUUGGUGCGAGAUGAUGAUGUCAUCAUACUAAGCUACCCUAGAUCAGGAACGCACUGGAUAAUUGAAAUUAUCGGUUUGAUCUACUUCAAUGGGGACCCUACCUGGAUCCAAACUGUACCAAUUUUUUUGAGGUCCCCAUGGAUAGAGGAUGCUCAUUUGCAGAAAGACCUAGUUAAUCAAAACGGACCACGCCUCAUGGUGUCACAUCUCCCUGUGCAACUCUUCCCCAGGUCCUACUUCAGCUGCAACGCCAAGGUUGUUUAUAUCCUAAGGAAUCCGAAAGAUAUCCUUACAUCUCUUUACCACAUAUCAAGAGGAUUCCUUUGUAAGAAGCAACCAGAGACUUUUGAUGAAUUCUUGAACCGGUUUAUGGAAGGGGAUAUGCAUUAUGGAUCUUGGUUUGAUCAUACCCUUGGAUGGAUAAAAAAGAGAGACAUGGGGUCCUUCCUACUAAUUUUCUAUGAGGAGCUGCAGAGGGACCCCAGGGCCAGUGUGGAGAAGAUUUGUCAGUUUCUUGGUAAAAAGCUGAAGCCGGAAGAAAUUGAUUUAGUCAUCCAAAACAGUUCUUUCUCAGCCAUGAAAGAGAACACAAUGUCUGACCAUUUUGCAAUACACAGUAACUUGCAGAAAGCAAUCAUUUCGCCAACGCUGAGAAAGGGAAAGACUUGGAACCAACCCAAAUGCCCAUCAAUGACAGACCGGACAAAGAAAAUGUGGCACACAGAUCGUCUUUUAACAUUCGUGUAUAGCACAAGGCGUGGAAACAGAGGUGUUUGAGUCUUCACUAUCCCAUGCUCCAUUUUUGAGGAGACUGGUUGUUUCCGGAAUAAAUAUUAAAAUGGGCCCGAAAAUACUAGAGGAAGAGAGUGUUGGCAGAUACAUGGGUCAUCUUCUCUCUGAACAGUGAGUGCUUCUGUCAACAUAGAGCAGAACCCGGAAUGUCGGUGCCCCCCACAGAUCUUUGCUUGUUAGGUGCUCUGGGUGGUCUUUACUGGGUAACUUUUCAUUUGGAAGGAACUGUAGAUUCCCAGGAAGUUGCAAAAAUAGCACAGAGAGGUCCCGUGUGUCCUUCACCUGGUGUCCCCCAGUGGCAGCGUUUUCACAAGUAUAGUACUUCAUGAAAACCUGGAGGUCAGGUGCAGUGGCUCACACCUGUCAUCCCAACACUUUGGGAGGCCGAGGCAGGCAGGUCACCUGAGGUCAGGAGUUCAAGACCAGCCUGGCCAACAUGGCGAAACCCUGUCUCUACUCAAAAUACAAAAAAAUUAGCCAGAUGUGAUAGUGCACACCUGUAAUCCCAGCUACUCGGGAGGCUGAGGCAGGAGAAUUGCUUGAAGCUGGGAGGAGGAGGUUGCGGUGAGCCGAGAUCGCGCCAUUGCACUCCAGCCUGGGUAACAAGAGUGAAACUGCGACUCAAAAUAAAGAAAAAUACGUAAUGGGCCUCCUGCCGAGAUAGGUAUUGUACUCCACCACAGUGGGUAUUUUAAAGCAGAAAUAAUUUGUUCUGGAUAUUGAAUGUGGCAUUGACUAGGGUCAGUGCCUUAAAUAGUCUAUC